AUUGACCAGUCGGCUCCCAGAUAGGGCCAGGGACGCUACGUCAAGGGGGCGUGCGCGAGGGAGCUCUACUGUCCAGUGUUGGCGUGUAGCGGCGAGUGAUCGGUCCAGCCAGUAGCCGACCAUGGAGGCUGAAGCGUCUCAGACCAGUGUUAGGGAAGUGACCGGCGAGACCGUGUCAACGCUUCCAGAAGAGAAGAAAAAACCGAGGCCUAAUGUGCUCGAACUGAAGGAGCGAAUACAGCAGCUGCAGACGGAGGCGGUGGAGCAGCUGGAGCACAAGCUGCAGCAGCUGGUGGAGGAGGCGCUGCGAGUGGCAGAGGUGCCGGCCACGCCGCCCUCGCCGUCCCACCACUUGCUCUACGACGACGCCAAGUACCGCAACAGGACGCACCAGCCCAGCUCGGGAGCCCUGCCGGAGAAGCAGUUUCUGGCGAGGGAGUCGCUGCUGACGGACCUGAUGAAGAUCAAGCACUUCCACACCGUCUACAACAUCUUCGUGGCCAUGUUGCUCAUCCUGUUCCUGCACACCGCCGUCUACGACUUAGUCGCUGACGGGCAGUUGAAGCUGGGCUUCUCAACUAUAUUUUGGAAUUUUGAUGGGCUGCACAUUGUAAUGGCAACCUGGGUCUCCAUGCAACUUGCAGUAUUUGCACUGUUCAUUGCAUUCUGUCACUGGGCAUCAUUUCGUGUGUCAUUGUCCAUUUCUGGAUAUCAGAGAAAACUUCUGGACAACAGUGCUCUGAUUCUUCUAAUUGCCUACAAAAUUGGUUUUCUGGUGCUGCCAGUAUGUGUUAUACAAUACAAUCAGUUACCUCCUAUCUCAGCCAUGAUAAUUCUUUGUGAGCAAGUGCGAAUGAUAAUGAAGAGCUAUGCAUUUUUAAGAAGUAAAGUGCCAAAAGUUAAAAUGUUCAAGCCUCAUACUGAAGCCACAGAUGUGCUACUUCCAGACUUCAAUCAUUUUGUGUAUUUCAUGUUUGUUCCAACCCUUGUUUAUAGAGAUUCAUAUCCAAGGACUAAGGAAAUCCGCUGGAAGGUGGUGGUGUGGCAUCUGACAGAGGUGUUUGGAGUAAUAUUCUUCAUUAGCUUUGUGUUUGAACGAAGUUUGGUACCUAUGUUCAGAAACUUUGGGAAGCAACAGCUAUCUCCUAAGGCAAUGGUUGUUGCCAUUUUUGGUAGCAUGGUUCCUUCAAUUACUGUAUUUCUUUGUGGCUUCUAUUGCAUUCUUCAUGCUUGGAUGAAUGCAUUUGCUGAAAUAACAAGGUUUGCAGACCGCAUGUUCUACAAGGACUGGUGGAAUGCUAAUUCCUAUGCAGCCUACUAUCGGAACUGGAAUGUUGUUGUCCAUGACUGGCUGUAUACGUAUGUGUACAAAGAUCUGAGUGAGCUGCUAGGUGCCAAAAGACGUACCCUUCCUAUACUUGCAGUCUUCUUCCUGUCUGCAAUUGUCCACGAGUACAUGCUUACAUUCAUUGUUGGUUUCUGUUACCCAAUGCUCUUCAUGGCAUUUGGAGUAUUUUCAGUGGGCCUAGUGUUUGUAACACAUGAUCGGCUGCCAGGUGGCAACCUAUUAAUGUGGUUGCUCGUCACAACAGGAACAGGUCUCCUUACCAGCCUGUACAUGAUGGAGUGGUUUGCACGACGCCACUGCCCUCGGUUUAUUGAUUCUGCAUGGGACUUCUUUGUGCCAAGAUCAUGGUUCUGUUCUCCACUCACAUCUGAGUAACAAUAAUUUGUGUACCGUAAGUUAAGCAGGACUUCAUUUUGAGGAUAGCUUUCAAAAGUGCAUCAGUCCUUCCUUGUCAUUGUGAAUACUCAAAAGAACAUAACUUUUAACAUGAGAUUAUAUCAGUGAACUGGAAUAAAGUAUUUUUGUAGUGUAUAUAUACAGAUAUUUUAAUCGAAUUGUAGUAAGUCCAUUUUGUUACAAUGUUCGUAGUUUGCUGCAAUGUGAACUCCGUGAUAAAUGUGACUGUGAAAGUUGUACAUAUUGUAUGUGAUGUACUUUUGCACUUUAGUGGUGUGAAAUGAUUUUAUGUGUAUGACAUUUGUAAUGUUCUUAUUUUGGUAUUUUUACUUAUUAGUGAUGUAGUAUCAAUUAGCAUGACUUUCUGUGCUGUCCUUGUACUAUAUUUUACCAUUUUCCCCCUAAGCCCUUUGCAUUGCUUUUAAUGUACAAAGACUGAAGGUACUUUGUAAUUAUAAGACAAGUACUGAUGACCAUGACAGUACAGAAAAUUCUGUUAAUACAUUUAUGUACAUAAGUAAAAGAUAGAAUUUUGUCUACAGUUAUAAAUGAGAAAAUUUGUUUGACAUUUAGAUAAGUAAGUAAAUAUAACACAGAUAUAUAUUUGUUACCAAAUGUACAUUAUCAUAGUUCAUAAACGACUCCAUACCACAUUAUAGCUUCCUUUUCAAAAAAUUUAGGAACUGCUAUCACCUAACUGUUGCAUUACAUGGCUGUAUUACAGGAGGACAUCUGAAUUAGCAUAUUGUUAAUGUUCUCUUAAAAGCUAACAGUCAAGGCAAAGGGGGCACAAUCAUGGUACUUCAUUCUUAAUCAAGACUUCUAUAUCAGUUGAUUCACUUAAGUUAAGAUCAACAAACCUGUCACAUUCUGUGGAUUUUUGGUUGAUGGCUUGGUGUCUAGCUCCUGCCUACAUAAUUUUGGCAAAAGGAGCUGCAUAAGCAUUUUGUGGUCCUCAUGCCAGAGUAAGACUCAUGGUUAGUGCCACACAGUCACACCACCAGCUACAUACUUCCUCAGCCAACAUCACUUCCACCAUCAGAGCGCAGCUGGCUCCAGAGUUCCUUUGCUUUGAGGUUUCUGCACUCCUAUCCUCUUUCUUAACAAAUGUACCUCCUCAGCAACUUAGAUCCGUGAAGAUCUGUGCAAUAUGCAUUUCCCAGGUACAAUAUUACCCAACUGCUUCUUGUAUGCUACAAGUGAGAUGCACUGCAGAGGGAUCAAAGACAAUCCCACAGCUGACACAAGGCCACUCAGGUCCAUGGCCAUUCUGACUUAUCAACUACUGUCAUUCACGUAGAACAGCAUUAUUUUGGACAGUUGUUUCACUUUGUCUAAUCUGUGGGUAUAUAAUGUCAACUAGUCACUUUGAAGGCUCCAUAUUAUAUGUUGCACAUGACUUUAUAAUAGAAGAAAAUUUUGUUAGUUCUUCACAUUCCCAGUGGAAAAGACUUUCAGAUAAACUGAUAAUAUUGGCAUGGUGUAGCAUUUCAAUCCCAGUAACAUCAGUAUCAUUUAGUUUAGUUGGCAAUCCCUUAGUAAACACUUGAUGUGAUACAAUUUCUAAUGAAGUUUUGUUUUAUCAUCACAGAAUGUCACAGUUGUGUUAAAGUUUUGAGUAUUGUAAUACUUCCAAGUAAACUGACAAAAGCUUGAAGUAUUAUGAUUAAGCAACAUUUGUGAUCCUACCAUUCUUGCAUUCUGUUUUCCAACUUAACAAAUUGCUUGUGCAGCAAAUGAAACAUUUUAUAAAAUGAAAUUUUAACCAAAUGGUGGGGCAUAGGCAGUUUUUUAUUUUUUCUUUAAUGAACAUUAUUUCAUAUCAGGGCCUCAUAACUUCUCAUCUUUCACUCAAUGUAAGAAGGAAGAGGAUCAAAAAUUGAUAGUAUUGUUUUAUGCACGCAACUAAAUGCACAUAAUCCAAAUCAAGAUUUGUCUUAGUCAGUCAUCACAUGCACUUUUUCUGCACUUUAAGAGCUGUUUUUGUUUCUUACUUAAGGAAGUUUUCCAAAUCCAAUCAUGGUUGUAAGUUAGCAACUACAGAGCCUGCAAAGUUUUUUCAACCCAAGAAAACUGUUCCACUGUUAGAGGCAAACAUAUUUUUCACUUUGGGCCUAAUCAGUUUACAUUGUUAUAAUAAAGAUAGCUCAAGUUACAUAUAUAAGCAGAUAACAUGACAGUUUCUUUGAAUUUAACAGUCUAGCCCUUCAGACAAUUCACUAAUAAUAGUACCUACUUUUGUUGCCCAAGAUCUGAUUUGACUGUUGAAGCAUACUUGACUGUGAGGCCUGAGUUUCUCCUGGCAUAUGUAAUGUUCAAAUAAAUUAAGAGUGCUUGCUGAUGACUUCAUCCAGUUGCAUCCCCGUAAGUUAUUUGAACAUCUUGGCUGUCACUAACAAUUGGACCUAACUAUUAAUAUAUCCUGCAGUGUCUCUAUUGUUCUUUCCCUCCUUAUUCAUUCCUUUAAUCUUUUUCUAUGUCUUUUUUUAUACCUUUCUGCACUUCAUUUUAAUUCUGUUUGCCUGUUGCUCUAGUUACUUGUCUAUCUGCUUCAUUUUGUCUAAAUAAAUUUUGUCACUCCCUUUUCUUUCUUCUCUUAUUUUCUUGUUCAGCUUCAAACAUUACUUUUCAUUAAACAAUUUUUCAUACAUGACCAAUACUUUCCUGCUUCUGCUGUAAUUCAGCUGGUAAUUUUGUAUUUGCUGUUAGUCAGUUACGUGUUUCCCUUCUGCUGAUACUAUGACAGAAUUUUCCUACCAUAUUUGUGACUCAUAUUCAUGUUCGACUACUAGAUCUUGUAUGAAGCAAUGUUAAACUCUAUGAGAUCAGUCUUACAUUGCUAUAAAUACUUCGCAAACUCCCUUUGUUUUAUAAAAAUUUCAAGAAUCUUUGAAUAUUUUAUGGCUUUCAGAUUUCAUACCGAUAUCAAAACUGGCAAGAGCUGUUCAAAUCCUUUUUUGGUACAUUCAUUCAAAUUUUCCAUUGUUCCACUGAAUUGCUGUAGAUAGUUAUAAAUUUGUUUGCAUAUGGAUCCACUGCCUCAACAUAUUUUUCAAAAGAAAACAUUGUCUGUUAUGGGAUGCACAAUUUUCAGAUUAUUUGCCACUGGUCAGUUUUGACUUUUUCAUUACUAAGCAACAUUUAGAUAAUCUUUGUGCAAUAUGUUACAGUGGAUGUAAUAUACCAAUAAACCCACCAGCCCACAUGUGGAACUACUAAUAAACAUUAAUAUGACAUACCAAACAGAAACAGAAUGUUUGUGAUACAUGUGGGAGAACUAUGUAUAAUAUCACUUAAGAACAGAUUUGACAUAAAACCACUGGGAAUAGCAAUCAUUUUACACUUUAACAUCAGCUUAUUCUCUUGAAAUGCCCAAAUGCAGGGUUCAUACACUCAUGGCAUGAUUCCUUUUAUGAGACCACAUCAGUCUCAACGUAAUUCAGUUCUGAAUCUGUCUUGCUCCUUAUGCAUGACAAAAUAAAAAACUUUAUUUAGUUCUGAUAACUGACCUGCAAUUACUAACUUUUUAUAUGGGAUUAUUCAAGUUAGUGACUCUUUUUCAGUUAAUUAAAAAAAUAGUAAUAGCAAAGUAGCAAAUUCCAUCCAUUUGCAGUAAAUUAUUCCUGUAAUUGUCAUGUGCUCAUAUAACUAAAGUGCAAAACUAGAUUUUUAAGAAAACUGGAUAGUACAGUCCAGUAGCUCACACAGUUCAGAACCUCACCUCUAUUAAUGGGCUCACAUGUCCAAACAGAGAGCACACAAAGUUUUAUAUCCAAAAAUUUGAAACAACUGAAAUUAAAUCUCCCUCAGAGUGUUUCCCUGUGUGUGUGUGUGUUUUUGUAUGUGUGUGUGUGUUUCCUUAGUAGAUGUUAUACCUCAUAUAUUCAUUCAUUGUGUCAUUUCUUGAUUUUUUCACAACAUAAUGAAGAGAUGUUGAUUACAAACAUUAUUUCCUCCACCCCGACCACUACCAAAAAAUACUUCAAAAUUCCACGUUCUCUUGGACUUAAACUGGAAAAUAUUUUAGUGAAAAUGUUAUUAAGGUCUCUGCUACAAUGAUUUUUGUUUUCAUGUUUGGCAAAAUCAAUUUUAUACACACAAAUAAUUUUCUAAGGUACUAUGUUAAUUGUGUGUGACAAAUAAGUAUUUUAUGGUUACAUUCUUGUUGCUGGUGUAGUCUUGUCGGAACCAUUAACGGAUUGAAUGAAAAAAUGUUACAACAUAUUUUAAAGAGAUCAGCCACAUAGAAGAGCAUUUAAACUUGUUAUAUUUUAGUGAUGGGUUCCACUUAAACAUGUGAAGAGUGAUGUUAUUGACAACCAUAAUCAUUCAACUGAAACAACCAUUAAUGAAAUGUAAAUUUUAUAUACUCUACUGGCAAGUUUUGUAACACUGUGCAAUAAAAUUUCUCUGCAGAUUUAGUACAUAAUACAUCCAACAAGGUAUGGAAACUUAGUUUUUGACAAUGGUAUCAAAUACUGUAAAUAUUUUAGAUAGCAAUCCUGAUCUUGUUGUUUUUAUAGAAAACCCUUCAUAUUUUAUAACAAGCCUUGAAGAUGUACAAAAGAAUUAUAAAAUAUACUGUGUGUUACGCUGGUGUUUUUAUGACAUAAACAUUACACUGUGAUAUGAUUUGUAGAGUGAAUUUUGUAAUUUAAUAAAUGCUGAAAUACUACACACUA